AUGGUAAUGGUUUAUCGUACCCAGUUAUUUUUCAUCAUAUUUUUUUCGUGUUCUGUCGCGGCUUCAGAUGCUAAUCUAACAUUGACUUGCUUUAAACCAACACUAACAACAACAAAACAGCAGCUUUCUACUUCAACAUCAACCCAGCAGCCUUCUUCUACAACAUCAACCCAUCAGCCUACAUCUACAACACAAUGGACAUCAUCUACCACAACACUUCCAUCAACUACUAAUACAACCAAUGGAUUAGUUGUAACUGACACUGCAGUUAUUACGUAUGGUAUUGGUAUUGGUUGUUUUACUGGAGGAAUAAUAGUUGGUGUUGUAUGUCUCCUUGGAAUCAUACGGUUUAGACGAAGUCGAAAAGAAGAGAAGAACAUCUACUCAACUACAUUCAGAAAUGAACAAGAACUUCAUACAUACGCAGAGGCCGGUAAUACAGAAAACCCUGAAAACAGAACUAAAAAUGCUUACAUUGGUCCACAAGUUCCACAUGAGUCUGUUUAUGAAAAUAUAUCCAAAUAA